CUCUCUCUGUCUGUAGUUAGGAGGAGCCUGUCUGUGUAUGCAUGUGGGUGUGUGUUGUGAAUGCUUGUGUGUGUGUGUAACACACUUUGGACUUUUCCCCCUGUGCUGUAGAUUAUUUUAUUUCCUCUGUCCUUUACACUCUGGAGUACUGGCCCCUUUUUUCACUCUUCCCUGCUGCUUACCAUCCAGAGGAAGGGAUUCUAGCACAGGCCUGUUGCUCAAGGGGAAACUUUAUUUUGUCCAUCCUGCCUCUUUCACACAUUCACUUCUAAAAUUGCUGAGUUGCCCAGAGCGGGUGGAGCAGGUGGCAGCAGUGGGUGGGUGUGAAUGUUUGUGUAUGUUUGUUUGCUGUGGUCUGAGAGAGGGACAGUAGAACGGAGACAUGCUGCGAAAUGGCACAGCGGGCUCCUCGCUCACUACCACGUCCACUCCGGAACAAAGGAGUGAGAGAGGAAUAAGGCGUCUCAGACUGACCCUCCGAUCUGAGGACAUCCCCACUGGACAGAAUGAGAAGGUGGCUAGUUCUGCAUGCUCUUAUGGCAAGAUGGCCAAUGGCACUUGGAGGAAGAAGAAUGGCCUCAUGCAGAGAGAAAGACCUCCAGGCAGAGAAUCACCUGUAGAGGAGAAGUGCUCUUACACUGUGAGCAAUGGUGAUGUUGUUGAGCGAGAGACGCUGCCAGGACUCCGGGUGUACGGCGUGGUGAAGCAGGACGUGAUGGCUCGUGAGCAACCUGCCAGUGAACUGAGAGAUGAGAUGAAGUACAUCAGAGAGAUGCGGGACUCCCUGGAGAAGGUCAGAGAACGGAUGUACGGUCAGUUUGGAGGAAUGCAACAAUCAAUACAAAAACUCUCGCAAGACUUAAGGAUAGCUAACUCACACAAGAGCUAUUUGGAAGCAGAAGUAAGAACGGGGAGAGCAGCCCUCGACAGUUUUGAUCAGAUGAACAGCUCUCUCAUAUCAGCCAACAUUGACCUGCAGAAGUCACUGCUGGAGAGCUGUCAAGGCCGUGUGGGAAACAGGGAGGAGAUGAAAGCGCUGCGCAAUUCCUUCGAAAAGACUGAGGAGAAACUGAGGGAGAGGGAGAGACAGCUGUCUGCUGCCCAUGCUGAAAACCACAUGCUGAAACAACAGGUGGCGUCCUCUCAAGAGGCCAGUGCUCAGGCUUUGAAGGAGAUGAGUGCUAAACUCCAGCAGCAGUAUGACCAGCAGCUGCAGGAACAGGAAAGGAAACACAGACAGGAAAUUGAGGCUCUGCAGGCCCAGCUGGAGGAAUACAUGAGGCGACUGGAGGAGGCUGAGAGGAACAUGAGGCUUGCUGAGGCAAAAAUAGCCGAGAGGGACCAGAGGAUCAGCGACGUGGAGCGUCUGCUUGAUUGCAUGGCUCAGGAAAAGGCACACUUAACCCUGAAACUUUGUGACUGUGAAGCACGCUUGCGCAACUUGGGUGAGGAUCAACCAGACUCGGGUAGAGCUAAAAAGGUUGAACAGUUACAGAGGGAGGCGUCGGAGCUGAAAGACAGAAUAAAGCACCUGAAUGACAUGGUGUUCUGCCAGCAGAGGAAGGUUAAGGCCAUGAUAGAAGAGGUGACAACACUGCGAGCUGAUGUGGCACAGAAGGAUAUGUACAUUUCCGAGUUAUUGGACAGACUAGCGAUUGUGGAGUGUGAGAAUAAUGAGUUAGAAGACAAGCUGAAGUAUUUUAUGUCUGUACAGAAAGCUAGUGAAAAUAAACCCAUCACGAGAGAUAUUGGAGUUGGCUGCGACUUUCCCGUUAGCCUCCCUGAUCCUCAGCCGUAUGAAGGCCCGUCUGGCCUGAGAGCUCCGAGCCGAUUGCAACAGAGUUUACUCCGAUAUACGCCUUUGCAGUACAGCAGUAUGCUUGCAGCACGCAGACAGGAAACUUCAAGCAGUCCUGUAGAAAAUGUAGCACCAGCUCCAAGGCCUGAUCAUGAACAACUAACAUCACCUGCCUCCCCAAGUACAGAACUGUCAUCCUCCAGGAGUAAUCGGUCCAAAAUCUACACACCAUUCAUGAGGCUGAUGGAGAUCUCGUCUAAAAUAAAUAUCGACUGAGCUACAUGAAGUGAAUAAUGCUUUAAAUUGGAAAAAUUAAGUAUUUGACUUUUGUUCUUAUUCAUUUUUUAACAUAUCUACUGAUCUGUGAAUAACUUAGAGUAUAUACUUUAUUUAUAUUUUUGUGUGUGUAUAUAUAUAUAUAUAUAUAUAUAUAUAUAUAUAUAUAUAUAUUUACACACACACACACACACACACAUCAGCACAGAUAUAUACUAAUGCACUUUUCACUUUGUUUACAAGAAUAUCGGCUACAUAGUGAUAAAGUUCUAUGAGCUACAAAGGUUAUAUUUUUAUUUAGCUUUUCUUACAAUGUUUCAAAUAGCUUUGAGUUAAUUUCUAACUAUAAAUGUUGUGUAACAAUAUUUGCAUUGUUCACAUGUGAUGCAAUAUUAAACCAAUAUUACUCUUAA